CCAUGUGGAAUCCUGAGCCUAAAAGGGUUUUUGUUUACUGUGGCAGUACCAUCAUUUUACCUUUGUGUCCCCAGCCCCUAGGCUGAUGCUAAGGACAGUCAUGUUGUGGAAAGUGCCCAUGCUUGUAGGACUGAUUGUGCUAGGCACUCAUAUAUGGACCACUGACAAAGAAUUUUUAGAUGGUACUAAGGAUCUAGAUUAUUUUGUGGCAUCAGUGGAGUUUGCUGUGGCUCAAUUCAAUGACAACAACCCAGAAGAGAACACAUACAGGUUGCUAGAAGUUGAGAGAGCCCAGAAAAAGACAUGGACAAUGAUGUUUUUAGUGGAUUUGGAGAUGGGCCGCACAGUUUGUAAGAAAUAUGAUGAAAACAUCCAUAAUUGCCCAUUGCUACAAGGUUCAGGAGAAAAGAAGGUGCAUUGUGUUUUCCAAGUAGAAGCACAACCUCGGUUUUCCCAGUUCACCAUCCUGACUAGCACUUGUGUGCCGACAUGAGCGGGGGAAGUGGGAGAGAGACUUUGGAUACAUAUAGUAUUCUCCCUUCCUCUGGAGUAUGACUAUCUGUAGCCCAAGGUCUGUGUACUGCUAAUGCAAUUAAAAGCAUCUCAAAG